AUGGGGCUCUGGAACUCCACCUUGGGAAGUGGCUUCAUCUUGAUGGGCAUUCUGAAUGACAGUGGAUCUCCUGAACUGCUCUGUGCCACAAUUGCAGUCCUGUACAUGUUGGCCCUGACAAGCAAUGGCCUGCUGCUCCUGGUCAUCACAAUGGACUCCCGACUCCAUGUGCCCAUGUACCUCCUGCUCAGGCAACUCUCACUCAUGGAUCUCCUCUUCACAUCUGUUGUCAUCCCCAAGGCCCUUGUGGAUUUUCUACACCAAGAAAACACCAUUUCCUUUGGUGGCUGUGCACUUCAGAUGUUCCUGGCACUGACAUUGGGUGGUGCAGAGGACCUCCUGCUGGCCUUCAUGGCCUAUGACAGGUAUGUGGCCAUUUGUCAUCCUCUGAACUACAUGGUCCUCAUGAGUCCGAGGGUCUGCUGUCUCAUGGUGGCCACUUCCUGGAUCUUGGCAUCCUUGAGUGCUUUAGGGCACACCUUGUAUACCAUGCACUUCCCUUUCUGCAUGUCCCGGGAAAUCAGGCACCUGCUGUGUGAGAUCCCACCCUUGCUGAAGCUGGCCUGUGCUGAUACUUCUAGAUAUGAGCUCAUGGUGUAUGUGACAGGUGUGACUUUCCUCUUACUAAAGUCACAGUGUUAUGGGUGA